AUGGCCAGCUACGAACCCUAUGAUAGGGACCGCGACUAUGGUCGUCGCUACGUCCGUGAAGACUCUCGACGGGACGAGCGAGAUGCCCCUCGUUUCUUAGACCCCUAUGGCCGCCCUCCCCCCGGUGGCGAACUCGUCCCCCGACGACAGGAUAGCGACAUGUCCGUCGAGGAGAUUCGCCGUGAAUUCCCUCCCCCAUCCGGCCGCGACAUCCGCCGUGCCCGAUCCGCAGAAGGCGGCCCCGUCUACUGGGAACAAGAGUACGGCCGCACCAGAGGACACGACUCCCGCGGAUACUAUGAACGGGAGCGCGAACGCAGUUAUGACCGCCGCCCUCGCCGCCACCACGACGACUACGAUGACGACGACCGCAAGUCCAAGUCCAAGAGCGGCAUGUCUAAGCAGGAGAAGAUUAUCGCUGCGGUAGCCGGUGCUGCCCUCCUUGCUGGUGGAAAGGAACUCUACGACCGCCGCGAAGCCAAGGAGCAUCAUGGCGAUGUCCAGCGCAAUCCGCUCUCUUCCGUUGCCCUCGCUGGCCUCGGUGCCCUUGCCGGCUACCAAGGUGCCGAGUUCUACAACAAGCAGCAGGCUAAGCGCGACCAGAAAACCAAUUACAUCUUGCAGCGGGGCCGCGACGGCAACAUGCACGAGUACUACUCCGACGACGACGACGGCUCCAAGGAGAAAAAGGGUCACAAGAACUUUUUGGAGAAUGCCCUUGCUGCUACCGGUCUCGGCGCUGCUGUCAAGCAGCUCACCGGAGGAGGUGGUGACGACCGUCGUUCUGAGCGAGGCGGGAGCCGCCGCGGCAGCCCCUCUGGCACGUCCCGCGCUGGCUCCCGCGAGCGUGGUGGGGGUGGUGCUAACAAAAUUCAAAAGGCCGCCAUGGCGUCACUACUUGCGGGUGCUACCGAGGCCUUCCGCGUCGCCAAAGAGCCCGGAGGCUGGCGCGGCGAAAAGGCCAAGCGAGUCCUCACAGCCGCUGCUGGUGCGGCCACUGUCGACGCUACGGUUGGCGGCGACCAUGGCAAGCUUGGCCUGGCCGAGUCGGUCAUUGGUGGUCUGGUCGGUAACCGAUUGAUUAACGGCUCUAAGCGAGAUAUCGAGGAGGACAAGGCAACAGGCCGCAGCAGAUCACGAUCCCGUGCUGCCAGCCGCGGAGGCAGCAGUGGCGGUGGUGGUGCCGGUCUAGCAGCUCUUGCAACUGCUGGCCUAGGCGCCCUCGGAGCCAAGAAGAUGAUUGACCACUCGCGAUCUCGCAGCCGAGGCCGUGAUCGCUCUCCCGAUUCGAGAGGAUCUUCGCCCGAUCGCCCGCGACUAAGAGACCGCAGCCGCAGCGUGGUCGACAAGGCUCGCAACAGCCUGGCUCGCUUGGGCAUUGGCAGCAGCGACGACAAGGACGACCGUCGCCGCCGCGACCAGGACGAUUACGAUGAUUACGAUUCCCGCGGAUCUAGAGGAGGCUCUCGCCGCUACCACGACGACGAAUAUGACGACAGAAGCCACAGUGGCCGUGGCCACGACGACAGAGAUCGCCACGGAGGCGGCGGCAGCAGCGGCCGUGACCGUUCUCGUGACCGUCGAAGAGGCGGCUACGGAUCCGAAUCUGACUUGGGAGACUCGGACCAGGAUGAGCGACGACACAGAAAGAUGAGAGGUAAGCAAAUUAUAACAACAGGGUUAGCUACAGUGGCCACGAUCCAUGCUGCACACGAAGUAUACCAAAGCGUUGAGAAGCGCAAUGCACGGCAACGAGCUGUCCGCGACGGGCGCCUGUCAUCCAUGGAGGCCAAGAAGCUCAAGACCAAGGCCCUCAUGCAAGACGCCGCCUCGGUGGGUAUUGCGGCCAUGGGCAUCAAGGGUGCCCUCAGCGAAAUGAAGGAGGCCAAGGAGCUCAACCACGAAUGUAAAGAAUUUGGCCAGCUAAAAGCUAAGCGGCACCAGAAGCGUCUGCAGCGACGCAAGAAGCUGGACGGUGACCGCAUGUCUGACCACGAAAGCCGCUUCGAGCCAAAGAGGCUGCAGCGGCCGGGAACUUGGGCUGGCCCUACUGCUAUGCGGUGGGAAGACGGAGCGCCUCCUCUGCCCCCGCCCAUUGAGCUACGUUGA